CCGCGAUUGGCCGGGCGGAGGGAGCCAGUAGGAAGCGGCGUUGUUGUGAGGACGGUGUUGUCAGGACGGGCUGAGGGUCAUGGCGGGGCUGGGCCGCCUCUGGCCGCGGGCUCUUGGCGGCAGAUUGCUUUUAUUCCAGCAAGCUGCAGCCCAUCCUUUCCAGCUCCGAGCAGCCUCAGUCCUGUCGGGUUCCCUGGAGCUGCCUCUCAGAAGCCAUCUCUCCUUCAAGCCCGCAGCCGUCUGCCCCGGCGUGGUGUCUUCCUGGAACCACCAACAGAUCCGUACAAAAGCACGUGGGAACGAAUAUCAACCGAACAACCGCAAGCGCAAACGGACCCACGGCUGGAUCAAGCGCAUCAGCACGCCGGCCGGCAUCGAGGUUAUCCUCCGGCGUAUGCUGAAGGGCAGGAAGUCUCUGACCCACUGAGGGCUCCGCCCGGGAGGUGGAUCUGGUGCGGGGAAAGCCAAAAUGGAGCCCUGGAGCUGCCGCGGCUUUGGAGCGACCCGGCUUGAGCGUCUGUGCUGAGGGAGACCGUCCCUCUCGUGUCGGGAGCGUGCGAGGAAUCGCGCAGGCUUGAGGGCGGCCUCCGAGGGCUUUGUUUAAUGGCUGCUUUUUAAAUUGUAAAAUUAUUGCCACUUGUAUGUGCCAUCCAAAGAUAAACUUGUGAAAACACGAGCUGUGAUUAAACCCCGGCAACUCGCCUUGAA